AGUUCAAUACAAACACGUGUGCAACGGAGAGUACCGGCAUUCAUCAACAGUCAACGAACGAUCUCGAAGAGUAAUCGCUUGCCAAAAUGCGCUACGUUUGUAUUUUUCUGUUCACCGUCAUGGCGUUCGUCAACCUUCCAGGGAUAAACUCUCAGAUCAAAAUUUGCCCCAAAGAUCAUUGUAGACAUGAGAGUGUCUGCACAGUUACUCGGAAAGGGCUUCAGUGUCCGGACGAAAACUACGUCUGCUGCAGCAUUGCACUUUCGGGGGCAAGACGUGAGCAGAGUGCCUGCGGGGAGCACAACGGCACGUGCGUCAGUUACAAUGAUUGCGUCGCGAGUGUAGACGAACCUCACCUAUGUCCUCACACCGAUGACAUAUGCUGCAUCCUGACCCGCUGAUCGAUGCGCAAAAUAACGAAAGCGGAGGAUUAAUCAUCGGUUAGAUUGUGUUUUACUCAAGAAUAUGUAAGAAAUUAAUCCGCCUCCAUGCCUAUUAUGUACCCAAAAUUCUCCGA